AGCACCCUCACCCUUACCCCCUCUUGUGCCCUUUUUUGACUUGACUUUGUUUUAUUUCAUCAUUUUCACUUGGAUGCGUAUCUUCGUAUUGCAGGUUCUUCUACGCGUUGCUGGGCUCUGUCUUGUUCGAAGAAAAGUAUAGUUUUAGAAGUUUUACUUUCAAGUUUGCUUCGAUUUUUUCCCAAUUCUUUUUGCCUAUUCUGGUUUCUUUCUGGUCAGUAGAACCGAUCGUGUGAAGUCGUAUGAUCGUAAUUUUCUACGUUUGUGAUGUGUGAACAAGUAACUAUCCUCUAUACUAGCUGGUAAAAUGAAAAAUAUUAGUAGCUGUAGCAUAGAUUUAGAUUAAAGUAAAUAUGAUGACAUCGCCUAAAACCCCCGACUUUGCUGGCAGCACAGCUGCUGAUACCGACAACAUCUUCAAUUUGAAGCAAGAGCCGCAGAAUGUGUGGUUUUUUGGUCAUAUCUAUCAAGGUGUGAAACGAGCCAACGCACUGGAAAAGGAACUAGAAAAGGCAGCCCUUCUAGGCAGUGAGGAGAAUUAAGGGUUGGAAGUUGACAUCUCUAUGAGCAUCUCUAUGGUUUCUCCAAGUAGGAAAGCCAUAGAUAUGCGAGCUCGAGCGGUCAACUUUCCGCUUCUAAGAGAAGAAAGACGAAGAGUUGGCACGCAUUCAGAAGGAGGCACUGAAGACCAGCUGGCCGAUUGCAGAAUACAACAAAGCUACUUUUAGCUACGAAAAUGUAUCUUCAGUUUCUGCCAAAAUGCUGUAGAUCAUGAUGGUAAAUGGUAGUCAUCAAGUAUAAUCAUGUUCAUGUAGUUGUUGCUGUUUAUCAUUAUCUUUCAGAAGUAGUUGAGACGUGCUAUCUAUCACCCCGCGGCCUAGCAGACCUCGUCUCUUCCUCAGGUCUACCGACAACGAUAUCCGGAGACGAUCAGCCACGCGGAUUAUGUCGCACUACAAGACUGCAAAAAGGAACUCACCCAAAAGGAAGAAGACAAAUCGUUAAAAGUUAUGCAAUCUCGUUUUAUUGGUCUUGGGUGUCACUGCAAGGCCACUGCACUGGUUUCACUAGUUUUAUGUAAUAUCCAACACACCGCAAUAUAAUAUGAACACGUUGAGCAGGUCGGGUCCAACUAAACAUGACCAGACAUAUGAAUAACUAGUCGUGUAAUAUUAGCCACAGCACCAACCAAAUAAAUGAUCCACUACAAGAAGUCACGGCCGCGUUCGUCUACGUCUUCUAAACAACCAAAAUUAGCUUCAAUUCGCAAACGAUAUUCGGUGGGGAGACGAUUAUGGAGCAUUUGGGGUUUCGGGUGGUGCGUUGCCGGCCUCGGCUACUUCAUCAAAGCAGCUUCCGACUUUACAGCUCCAAUUUUCAUCAAACUCCUGAUUGAGUCGGUUUAUGGCUUGGAGCUCGUUUGAGCUCGUGCUUAGUUACAAUGAACUGGACGUGUAGUCGCUGCUCCAUUGUGCUUAUCAACCCUCAUCUUUCCAACCCUGAUCUUUCAUCCCUCCUCCACGCUGGACAUGGUGAAGUUUACGUGGACAAUGAUCGCGCUUUUCGUGGUAAGGAUGUUGGGUGCCAUGGGCCUCCAGUAUGGUGUGCAUUUCACUAUGCGACAGGGCUUGCAAAUGUUAUGGAUUGUACCUCCAGGUGGUCUGAUGCUGAUGUCUAAACAGGGUUUUGGUUUUCCACCUCACGUUGUAGUGGUCUGAUGUCUAAAUAGGGUUUUCAAACUCACACACUUUGACUUUGUAGUAUAGAAUAUCUAGGACUACGUCUAAGACCUCGUGGCGUGUGUGGCUUGGCUGUCCUGGAAAAGUCCUUGGAAACGGAGCCGGCAACUCGGGAGUUCGGCACAUUGACGAAUUUACAGAGUGUUAAGGGAGAAGGAGAAAAGUCGGAAGACAUUGAGUCAUAAUAAUUUUGAGUAGCGCUUAGCUUCUAACCACUUCGACGCGCAAGCCCUGCUGGACACGGUUCCGUUCGUCCAUUGGCUUUUCAUCCAGCCGAUUGCUUUGCUCUUCGGCGCUGCGUACAUCAUCUAUGUCGUUGUUAUGAGAUGGCGAUCAUGGCCGUACUGGUAGUUCGUGCUCGUUUCCUAAGAGUUCUUACUUCAUCAGAUGUGCCAGAAAAGAAAAGUCGUGGUUGUGCUUCCACCCCUGCUGGGUUAGGACGAGGAGGAGGAGGAGCAGGAGUACAAUCACGUAGACCAAAUCCAAAAUAUGAGCCCCGCUCUCGUGAGUACCGUACCCUAAAACCCUGCCCCUGGCCACCUAUCUUUCUUCAUUUACCGUAUUUCCGGUAUCAUCGGCUUGGCUUCGGGUCUCAUCGUCAUGCCUUUCGCACAGAGGCGACAGAAAGCGAUGGGCGUAUACGAGAAAAAGAGGAUGGCGGUGAAGUUAUGGUUCAAACGGAAGAACAAGCACCAUAGAGAUGGAGCAGGAUUCUGUUAGAACAUCGACUAGUAGCGCAAUGUUCUUCAUGUCUACUCCUUAGUAGACUAGUAUCGCAAUGUUCUUCAUGUCUACUUCUUAGUUCUACAAAGUAAACCUCUUCUCCAAGACCGUAGAGUCAACGCAGUGAGAACAAAGUAAACCUCUUCUAAGGCAAGACCGUAGAGUCAACGCAGUGAGUGA